AUGCCACACGCGGACUAUCUCAGUCGCAACCCCGAUAUAAAUGAACUAAAACGUGUAACUAAACAUUUAAUCUCAUUGUUUGGCACACCGAAGCUUAUCGUAUGCGACAGAGGGCGCAUGUUCGAGGCGUCAGACUUUACUUCAUGGAUGCAUGUCCUUGGUGUUCGCCUUCACUACAUCACUCCAGAAAUGCACCACGCAAACGGGCAGGUGGAGCGCUAUAUCCGGACCGUUCUCAACAUACUCCGCAUAGAGGCGAACCAUAAGAAGACUGAGUGGUCUGAUGAGCUGUGGCAGUUACAGCUUAUUUUAAACGUCACCAAGCAGAAAACCACUCAGACAUCUCCUUUGAACCUUCUCGUGGGUUACGAAAAUGCUACCCCGGCCAUACGUGUGUUAAUACGAGAUGUCGCUCAGGAGUCCUCGCCGACAAGUCGGGAAGCAAGAAGGGAGCUGGUUCGUCAGAGAGCGGCCGAGCGCCUGUCGCAGAACAGGCAGCAACAGGACGCCGCUGUGAAUGAAGAUAGGCAGCCUCCGCGCAUUUUUCACAAAGAUGACAUGGUUUUUGUAAUCAAGUACAGUCAGUCUCAAGGAAAAUUGGAUCCAGGGAUGCGGGGGCCAUACCGUGUCAUUCGCGCCAUGCCUAACGGUCGGUACGAGCUGAAGUUGAUCGCGGGAGCCUAUGGAAGACGACGUAUGCCGCUGCCCAGUUUUUGGUUCCUUGGAGGGGAGAAUGGACCCCUGACACAUGUGCUGCCUUCUUUCAAGAUGACUAUAACAUCGAGUGUAAUGGCCAAUCCAGGUCUGAUGACGUUGAACACCAGCCUGGACCAUCAACAAGACCUGUUUCGCCUGCCCGAAACCAGCAUCUUGACCCAGAUCCUGACAGGGACGUCAGGGUGUCAGGAGAGGCCGUAUUGGAUGUGA